AUGCAAGAUUUUCAAACUUGGAUAGAUAAGAGUGAAAACGUAAUCAGCCAACUGUGCACAGAGUGGGACGGGCUUCUCGUGAUCACCGGUGAUUUUAAUAUAGAUCUGCUCAGGCCUGAACAGCCCCAAGUAAAACAAUAUAUUGACAUGCUAGAAUCGCUCAAUCUUCAUCAACAUGUAGAGCUACCAACAAGGACAACGGCAAACUCUAAAACAUUAAUUGAUCACAUAAUAAGUAACAUACCAAGUCGAGUGACGCAUACGGGCGUAUUGCCUUGUCCAACGAUCAGCGACCACGACGCUCCGUACGUCUGCCUCAAUGUGAGAAUCACUCGUUUCGAACCCCGCUUCAAAUUUAUUAGAAAUGAACGACAAUUCGGUGAAAAUGCCUUCCUUGAAGAUGUCGCAGCGUUACCACUGAAUAUAGUGUAUAGCACCGAUGAAGCAGACGAUAAACUAGAGAUUUUUAACAGUUUGUUCAAAUCUAGCAUAAACAGACACGCCCCACUGAGAAAGAUGAAGAUUACACGGCCACCGGCACCCUGGUUAAAUGCUGAGGACAUCAAACAGUUACAAUCUGAAAGGAACAAGCUUCGACAUCUCGCUCAUGCCACAAAGAAAGAUAGCAUUUGGCAAUUAUUCCGUGGAAUCAGAAAUAAGAUCAAAACUAGAAUCAAGGAAGCAAAACGAUCCCUUCUACCGGAAAGCUCUAUCGUCGAGAAAACCCAAAGAUCUCUGGCGCACAAUCCAUCGCAUCUUACAUCCCAGUCAACAAAAAAUUUCUGCGGAUCCCAAUGUAUUGAACCAUCAUUUUAGUACAACCUCUCAGCGUCUGUUGGGAACUUCCCCUUCAUCAUCUGACGACCUACGGAAUCUGAUUAACACUUUUCCAGAUAACACUAACCACUCCUUUACUUUACGUCCAGCAACCUUUCGGGAGGUUUUAAAUGAAAUAAAAGGUCUACGAUCAGAUUGCUCAACCGGGACGGAUCAAAUACCAGUUAAAUACAUUAAGCUGGCAGCAGACUGGAUUGCUUCACCACUGACUCACAUCAUCCAUUACAUCUCUAAUAACUCGUUUCCAAAAAUUUGGAAGCUUGCACGAGUCUCCCCAAUACCUAAAACUGACCACCCUGUCGAAUCGGAUGAUUUCAGGCCUAUUGCAAUUUUGCCAGCCUUAUCAAAAAUCUACGAACGCCUUGUUCUCAAACAGUUGCUUUUAUACAUAGAAGACCAUAACAUACUCCACAGUGGUAUGUCAGGAUACCGCAAAGGCCACUCCACCAACUCAGUGUUACUGCGAAUCAGAGACGACAUCAUUCAUGCGAUGAAAAAAGGAGAAGUUACGCUCAUCGCCUUCGCUGACUUCUCUAAAGCAUUUGACACUGUCGAGUAUGCCACCGUGUUUAAGAAACUUCACAACGUCGGUUUCUCUCAUGAUGCAAUCUAUUGGGUAUUGAAUUACUUAACUGGGAGAAAACAGUAUGUUCAAAUUAAUGAGGGGUAGAAACAUUGUAACAGCUUGCGCGUUAAUGAGUUAAAGGAACACGUGCGUCUGAUAUAAGAAGAGAAAUUCUCUUGAAAGUACCUAAUACGUGAAGUAUUAUUUUUAUUACUAUAGAUAUGUAAUUACAAUUAUCUAUUCAAACGAACCUAGUCAUCUAGCUGGAAGAUUUAUUUAUUGUAAGUCGUAA